CCAUAAUGGAGUUGUAUUGUAUUGUAUUGUAUGUAUUUGGUUUCGAUUCAUGUUAGGGUGAUUGGUGCAGGAUAAUUGGCCUUCUGUGAUGUUUGCAAUGGCAGGAGGGGUGGUACUUAGCCUUGGAAAUCUCUCAACUCAGUAUGCUUGGGCUUUUGUUGGCUUAUCAGUCACAGAAGUGAUCACUGCAAGCAUAACAGUUGUUAUAGGUCCUUUCUUUCAUUCUCUCUCUCUCUGACCAUUUCUAAAUAUUGAUGUUUGUCUAUGUUGCUCUUAUAGAUACUGAAUUUUUUGCUUCUGUUGCGAUCUUUAAUGGUGACGGAACAACCUCGAAUUACUUUUUAGACAAUAGAAUUAAUAGAGUCAAGAUCCUUUUCCCUGGCGUUGGCUGCUUCUUGGUUGUAGUUUGCCUUGCUUCUACUGUCCACUCAUCUAAUGCAGCUGAUAAUAAAGAAAAGCUUGAAGGUUUUUCAUCUAAAGAGGGGUGUUUGGGAAAAGCACUCUCAUUGGACUGUCCAUAUGUUUCUUUGCUGGUGUUUGCUUUUCUCUAUUCUCACCAACAUUCAACUUGGCAACAAAUGAUCAAUGGCAUACAUUGAAAGAUGGGGUUCCUCACUUGGUUGUCUACACUGCAUUCUUUUACUUCUCAGUAUCUUGUUUUGUCCUUGCUAUAAU